AUGCUAUUUCCAGAUAAGGGGAGUGGGGGAGAAGCUGAGAAAGCUGACGAGAAAGUUGAUGAAAAUGAUGAAGGCCAACCACUUCCAGGAACUGCUAGACAUAGGGAAUUUUAUCCAGAAGAGGCAUUAACAGUUGGAAUUUCUGUAAGCCUGCCAGAAGCCUUUGAUGAGUACACAGGUGGGCCCUUUUUUGGAAACAAAGAAGAGGCUUUGAAGUUCAGAAAGUUUUGGGGAGACAAAGCAGAGUUGUAUCAAUUUAAAAGUGGCACCAUGGAAUGUGUUUGGGUGGAUAAUCACAAAGGAGAGAAAAAAGGCUAAAGCAAAUCGAUAAAAUGCAAUGGUUGCUAUUGAUUAAGAAAUGGGGUUUGUGUUGUGGAUCGUGAUUUAAAGGCAUUGGGUAGUGGAUUUGCACGGUUUUCACAACCUGUUUUCCAGAGAUGCUUAGAUAUUAUCCAUACUCAACAGCUGAUCCUGCUACAUGGCCAACAAUGAUCUCUAGGGUCUGCUAGAAGGAUUGGAGAUUACACUUAAGCGUCUAUCUAAGACUUCACGCCAAGGACUUGAUGAAUUUAAACUAGCAAUGUUUUACUUGAUUUGGACAUGAACCCUAAGAUAUAAUACUUUGGCAUGGCUAGAAGCUUUGGAGGAAACGAGACUCAAGCAGAAGCAAACACACAGAGAGUUGUUGGCACAUAGUAAGCUAGAUAAUGCAACUGUAUAUAAACUCUACUUCUCUUGAGUUCAUUUUUUUAUUACAUUUACUUACUAUUGGAAUAAUUAUUUGUAUUUGACAUAUUAGUGAAAUGAAUUAUCUUUGUUAUUUAUG